GCUGUCCGACUGUCCCCUUCAAACGCAAAUAAACCCCCUCUCAUCUCUCCCUCCUCCAAAACUUUCACUCCCGACUCUCUCUCUCUAUAGUCCGUUUCUUUAAAUUUUCCCCUUUUUUAGACAUUGUGAAUUCAAGAAAAUUCAAUGGAAAAUUCAGAAUUCUUCCAGGGAGGUUACUGUAACCCCCAAUUGACGCCCGAAAAACGUCUUUCUGAUGCGAAAAACGGUGAUCAUUUCAUCGUUGAGGACCUUUUAGACUUCCCGAAUGAUGAUAGUAUGGUAACGGAUGGUCCAUUCGAGGCCGUGACGACCGGAAACUCGACCGAAUCCUCCACUGUCACGGCGGUGGAUAUCUCAUGCAAUUCAUCCUUCUCUGAAAGAAUGGCUGAAACCCAUUUAACUGGUGAUAAUAUUGGUGGCUGCCGGACUUUCCCCGAUGGCCAGUUCUCUAGUGAACUUUGCGUGCCGUAUGAUGAUUUGGCUGAAUUGGAAUGGCUAUCUAAUUUCGUGGAGGAAUCAUUCUCAAGCGAGGAUUUGCAGAAGCUGCAACUGAUGCAAGGAAUGAAGGCCCCUACUGAUGAAGUUUCAGGAACUCACCAAUACCAAUUCCAGCCGGAAACCACCAGAAAUGCCAGAAUUCUCCGCCCUGAAAUGUCAGUCCCUGCCAAAGCACGCAGCAAGCGCUCGCGCACCGCCCCCGGAAACUGGACGUCCCGACUUUCUGUGGUGUCUCCAACUUCCCCAGCGGCAAUUUCAUCCUCGUCCGAGUCUGACAUAGUCUCGAGCUCCGGGAAGAAGCUUGUGAAAGUGCCGCAAAAGAAGGAGGGUUCCUGUAAUGCAGCCACCGAGAACGGUGGGGAGGGGCGGAAGUGCCUGCACUGUGCAACGGACAAGACGCCUCAGUGGCGGACCGGGCCCUUGGGGCCUAAAACACUUUGUAAUGCAUGUGGUGUGCGUUAUAAGUCGGGCCGACUCGUUCCUGAAUAUAGGCCCGCAGCAAGCCCGACCUUCGUUCUCACUAAACAUUCCAAUUCUCACAGGAAAGUUUUGGAACUUCGUCGACAAAAGGAGAUGGUUAGAGCCCAGCAGCAUCAACAGCAGCAACAAUUUCUUCAUCCGAACAUGAUGUUUGAUGUAUCCAACGGUGAUGAUUACUUGAUUCAUCAACAUAUCGGGCCCGAUUUUCGACAGCUUAUUUAGCUAUAGAGGCUAUUCUUGGAAGAUCAAUUUAGAGAAUUUUCUCUAGUUUUAUUAAUUUUCUAGAACAAAUUAUUAUUCCUAACUUAUCGAAUUUUGCAAUGUUUUUUCUUUUGAAUUAAUCAGGAAAAAAGAUGUAGUCAGAAAAAGGUAGAGCAUAGCAUCUAAUGCCCUUCUAUAAUUUGAAGUUUAAUGUGCCAAAAUCUGGCAAUUUCUUGAA